GCACGUUUGUUUCCUCGCUGACGUGAACGCGCUUCCGUGGGCAUAUCCUGCUGGCGCGCUGCUGCCUGAGAGCAUUUCUAGAGCAACCGGACCGGACAACUCGCUAAUUACAUGGUCUCGACGUCCUGUAGAAAUUAGUUUCAAAGGCACACACAGCUGCCGGGUAUCUUCAGGUGUCUUCUCGUCUCCAAAGCCUGUCCCCUGCACUUGGCCAUGGUGGAUGUGAGCAAGUGGCCUCUCUUCACCCUCUUGAGUGCACAGGAGCUCGCCUCCAUUCGACAGGCAUGCAUCUUUGGAGCAGCUGCUAAUGAGGCCAUCUACAUCACCCACAGUGACGAAGUGUAUGUGUUAGGUGUGAACUGCAGUAACUGUCUGGGCACUGGAGACAGUCAGAGCACCAUCGUUCCUAAAAAGCUGGACAGUCUGAGUGGAAAGAAGCUGGUCAGUUUGAGCUAUGGCAGUGGUCCUCAUGUUCUGCUGGCCACAGACGAGGGGGAGUUGUAUGCAUGGGGGCAUAAUGGAUACAGUCAGUUGGGCAAUGGGACGACCAAUCAAGGUGUGUCUCCCGUUCUGGUGUCUGCUAACCUGCAGAACAAGAGGGUGACUGAGGUGGCCUGUGGUUCCCAUCACUCUUUGGCUCUGACCCAUGAGGGUGAGGUGUUUGCAUGGGGCUACAACAACUGUGGUCAGGUGGGUUCAGGGUCCACUGCCAACCAGCCCACACCUCGUAAGGUGUCCAACUGCCUGCAGAACAAAGUGAUGGUUAGUAUAGCCUGUGGACAGACUUCAUCCAUGGCUGUGGCGGAUAAUGGUGAGGUUUACGGCUGGGGUUACAAUGGUAAUGGCCAGCUGGGGUUGGGGAACAAUGGGAACCAGCUGACUCCGUGUCGUCUGAUUGCUCUACAAGGCCUCUGUGUGCUGCAGAUUGCCUCAGGUUACGCUCAUUCUCUAGCACUGACUGAUGAGGGCCUGCUGUAUGCAUGGGGUGCAAACACCUACGGCCAGCUGGGCACCGGCAACAAGAGCAACCAGCUCAGCCCUGUUCAGGUCAUGACUGAGAAAGAAAGGAUUGUGGAGAUCGCCGCCUGUCACUCCACACACACCUCUGCAGCGAAGACCCAGAGCGGUCAGGUGUACAUGUGGGGGCAGUGCCGCGGACAGCCCAUCGUGCUGCCACACCUCACACACUUCACCAGCACGGACGACGUCUUCGCCUGCUUCGCCACGCCCUCUGUCAUGUGGCGGCUGCUUGCCAUGGAGCAUGAUGAUUUCCUGACUGUGGCCCAGUCUCUUAAAAAAGAGUUUGACAAUCCAGAGACCUCUGACCUCAAAUUCAGCAUCGACGGAAAGUACAUCCAUGUCCAUAAAGCUGUUCUCAAAAUCAGGUGUGAGCACUUCAGAUCAAUGUUUCAGUCACACUGGAAUGAGGAUAUGAAGGAGGUGAUCGAGAUCGACCAGUUCUCGUACCCAGUGUACCGCUCUUUCCUGGAGUUCCUCUACACUGACAGUGUGGAUCUUCCUCCUGAGGAUGCCAUCGGGUUACUGGAUCUGGCAACCUCAUACUGUGAAAACAGGCUGAAGAAGUUGUGCCAGCAUAUCAUAAAGAGAGGCAUCACGGUGGAGAACGCCUUCUCUCUGCUGUCUGCUGCCAUCAGAUAUGAUGCUGAGGAUCUAGAGGAGUUCUGUUUUAAAUUCUGUGUGAACCACUUGACUGAGGUCACGCAGACAGCUGCGUUCUGGCAGAUCGACGGCAACAUGCUGAAGGAGUUUAUCUGCAGAGCCAGCCACUGUGGAGCCUUCAAAAACUGACUCUGACGUCCACACACACACACACACACACACACAACCCGUCUGUUACUGCAGUCAGUCCUCUUCACAGCUAGGGGGCGCUGUUACAGCUGACGCUCACUGAUACAGCGCCCUCUGUUGAGCACGAGAGAAACUCUUAUGAUGGUCAAUGUCUGUGUUUAUCUCAUUCUCAUGGACAACCAUUUCACAUUUAGGUUUUGCACAACUUUUUGGGAAUGACGUGUUGCCUGCUACUAGUAACAAAUCCUAGUGCCUCUCAUGAGAAUAGCGUUUGCAUAAUAAAGUCAGGGUGAGUUUGGGCAUAAUUCCACUUAAACAUGCACCACUUAAAAACAGACCUUAUACUUUUUCACAGAAAAUAUUCAUUAAUUAGUUUUUGGUUUCUUGCUGUGAUGCAGUGCAUUACAGUUUGCUCAUUUUGUAUUAUUAUUAUUGUAUUAGAUUGUGUUGUACUGGCUGGGAUCUGUAAAUGUGCAUUAUAUUGUCCCGCAGUCAGCAGACCUUAUUGAUAUUGCACACUCACUCAUGUUUGUGUAAAUGAUAUUUGACCAAAAUAUUUUCCGCUUAUUUUUGCUUAAUUUGAGUUUUGACCUGGGCAACCUGGGUUUGCUAUCGCUUAGUUUAGAAACUGUUGGUGCUGUGAAUUACAGUAGCAGCAUUUUACAACAACGACUGUUGCACUUAACCAGUCUGAUGUUUAAGAUUUGCUAAACAUAUAAAAAGUAUUAUACAUAGUUGCACUAGUAGUUUCCUAUACAGGAGCUACUCAUAUACAAUCACUAUAGAGGGUUUGUAUCAACUUUUGUUAUAGGUGUGAAACACUUACAUAAUACUAAUGCCUGUGGUAAUUUUGUUUGUUACAUAUUAACCAACUGUAUUUUUGUUUUUCACAUGUACAUACUGUACAGUUUUUGCAUUAGUUUUGUAAAUUAAUCUGUGCGCAUCAUGUGUGCCACAGCCUCUCUUGUAAGUUAUAAAACCUGAACCUUUAAAGUAAAUAAAGCUUUUCUUAUAAGUUGAA